AUGACAAAGGCUCCUGAGAAGCAGUGGGACAAUGGGACCUGGCUGGUGACAGAGUUCGUGCUGGUGGGAUUCUCCAACCUCCCAGAACUGAGGCCCACUCUCUUCACCUUGUUCCUCCUCACCUACCUGGUGACACUCAGUGGCAACGCCACCAUCAUCACCAUCAUCCAGGUGGAUCGCACCCUCCACACUCCCAUGUACCGCUUCCUGGCUGUGCUCUCCCUCUCUGAGACCUGCUACACACUGGUCACCAUCCCCAAUAUGCUGGCCCAUCUGCUGAUGGAGAGCCAGGCCAUCUCCAUCGCGGGCUGUCGGGCCCAGAUGUUCUUUUUUCUGGGCUUGGGAUGCAGUCACUGCUUCCUCCUUACACUGAUGGGUUACGACAGGUAUGUGGCCAUCUGCCAUCCCUUGCGCUACUCUGUGAUCAUGAGACCCACCGUUUGCCUGUGUCUGGGAGCCUUGGUUUUCUGCUCUGGUUUCUCGGUGGCCUUGGUGGAAACCUGCAUGAUCUUCUCCUCGCCCUUCUGCGGCACAGGCCGCGUGGAGCACUUCUUCUGUGACAUCGCGCCCGUGCUGAAGCUCAGCUGUGCAGACAGCGCGCACAAGGGGCUUGGCAUCUUCUUCCUGAGCGUCCUCGUGGUGCUGUUCUCUUUCCUCCUCAUCCUGCUCUCCUACGCCUUCAUCGUGGCUGCCAUCGUGAGGAUCCCUUCGGCCGCGGGCCGGCGCAAAGCCUUCUCCACCUGUGCGGCCCACCUCACAGUGGUCAUCGUGCAUUUUGGCUGUGCCUCCAUCAUCUACCUGCGGCCAGACUCCGGGGCCAACCCCUCCCAGGACCGCCUGGUGGCGGUGUUCUACACGGUGGUGACGCCCUUGCUGAACCCUGUGGUCUAUACCCUGAGGAACAAGGAGGUGAGGGUGGCCCUGAGGAAGAGCCUGGCGCGGGGCUGCGGGAUGUGUAAGUAAGAACUUGUUUUCGGGCGUGAACUUCUCUAAUAAUUAGGACAAGUAUAUUAAGAAAGAUAAGACCUUGCUUUGCGCUGUUCACAGCGCCCUGUGCUUCGGUGAAUGCCUUCCCCCUGGAACUCUGUUUGGCUACUGGGAAAACAGGAGGCAAUCCCGUGCCAGAUGAAGUAAUCCUGUUGUCUGUCAGUGCCUGAGACAGUCUAACCACAACAAACGAUGCCUUUUCUUUUUCCUGGUUUCCUUGACUUGACGUGGUGCUAUGUGGUCUCCGGUGUCUGAUGCUCACCCGUGGAAGGCGCCGCAGAUACAACCCAGGGCUGAAGAUGGGCAGAGAGCAGUU